UUCUCCGGCUUCGGCAAGACCUACCACUUCUCCUGCGUCUCGCCCUUCCAGUUCACCUACCCCAACGUUGUAUACAUUUAAACGCGAUAGUUCCUUCAUAUGAUAACCGAUGGUUCCGAAACAUGUUCAGAGGUGCGAGGCGCCCCUGAAUAUUGUCCGUCCUGAUUAUUUUCCUCCAUUCAUAGCAUUUACAAUUAAUUCAUUGGCACAAAUAAAGAGCAGCAGGAGAUAUGGUUAGUGCAGUAGGUGUGCUUACCGUCUGCAUGAGCAUCGGUUUUAUUUUGUUUGUAGUUGGCACCCCUUGGUUUGGCCCUUGUCUUUAUUUUAUGUUACUAACAAUUAUUUUUAAUUCAUCAUACUAACUCGAGUUGAUUUUAUUUCGCUCUUAUCAAGCUAUUCAUGUCACAGUUUGUCCCGCACUGAAUAAUAAAGAGACUGUCGUAGUCAUAUCGUAGAAGUUUAUUAUGAUUUAAUCUGUGAUAUUAUUUUAAGAUCUCAUAUAAGACACAUAUUUGUGAUGAUGUCUUUUUUACUAUUACAUACUUUAAUUUUUUUGCUUAAUUUACAAUAAUUCACUUCGGCAUGAAUUAAAAGUUGACAAUAAUUUGUUGCCAAAGAUAUAUUUUUAUUUACGUUUACGAGUAUAAUAUUGUUUUUUAGUGUUGAAUUUCACAAUGCAUCUCAGAAAAGUUUAUUUUUUAAGUAUACUUAGAAUUGCAUUAGCACUACGACAAGAACACAAGACCAUUUGUUUGAUCAUUUUUGCUAAGAAUAUAAACAGUUGUUGAUCAAACAACUGUUCCAAGUAUUUCUUAUGCACUCCCAAAUAGCGGUUAUGCAUUUCCACCAUUGAUUUAAAAUUAUAUUUUGUUAUAAUUUAAUUUUACUGAUAUUAAUCCGAUUUGUGUUUGUUUUGAUUUUUUUAAUUAUUUUCUGUACACAGAAAGUGAUAAGAUACCGAAACUAGGGUAAUAAAUCAAAUUGUGUUACUAAUAUGAUAUCGCUUAGACUCUAAGCAACAUUGACAACAAAAAAAAAUUAAAGCAACUGGAUUUAUCUUACUAAGGCUGUUCUACACAAAGCGAGUAAAUAAACAACAAAAUCUUAUAGCAUUCUGUGUACAGGUUACAGCUUUGCUAUGUAGUAUAGCUGCAGUGGGAAUUGAGUGCGUUAACGCGUGUUGUUUUAUUCUGUUCUCCCCAUGUUUGUUUGCGCGUUCGCACUGUCACUAACGGCACGGCAGCGAGUCGGUCCGAGAGCCUCGUCCACACCCGUCAGCGCCAAGAACGCGUUGCAGGAGCUAUUGCGGGAGAAACAACAUCACUUGGAGCGGUUGAUGCGUGAACGAGAAUUGGAGCGCGCAGAGAUCGCCAAAGUGUCCCUCCAGGCGGAAAGAGCGGAGACCGCCUUGGAAAUUAUUAAAAAAGAAGCAACACAGGCCAGCACAGAAAAUGCAAAACUUAAAAUCGAACUGGACAAACUCAAUAAAAUGUUGGAGGACGAAAAGCAGAAGGUGGAAGACCUCAUGUUCCGAAACGAAGAAGAGAAUAUUAAUCGAGAAGAUUAUAAUAGAUAUAAGGAUGCCAUGGAGCAAGAGAAGGCAGCUAGAGAGAAACACAUUCGUGAACUGGAAGCAGAGAUAGCGCUGCAGUCCGCUAGAGCUGACACUACAGCCGGAGCGCUGAAAGCACUUGAAGAUCAACGCACUAUCGAAGUCGCCGCCGUGGCAGAACAACACAAGGAAGAACUUUCCGCCGCUCAUACUUUAUCAUCAGAACUGCAGAAAUUAUUAGACGAAGCAUAUGCACUACUUAAAGAAAAAGAAAAUGAAAAAGACUCUCUAGGCAAAAGUAUGUCCGAAGAGUUAACUCGUGUUAAAGCAGAAUAUGAAAAAACAUUAAAUGAAGCUAAAACUAAAAUAGCAAUCGCUCAAACGGAAUUUGAAACACAGGUUUCUGUUUUGACUGCCAAAUUACAGUUAGCUGAAUCAAAACUAGAUGCUGAGAAACAGAACAUAGAAAGGCUUAACAAAGAGAAUAAUCAAACAGUUAUCGAUCUCAAUACUAAAAUAACACAACUUCAAGCCGUCCUUGAUGAUAAAACAUUGGAAUUAAAUAAAGUUUUAGGAAUGAGUAAAGAACAUGAAGUUAGCCUGAAUAAGGAAAUUACAAAGCUAAAAAUGGAAUUAAGCGCUAAAAUAUUAGACUUAGAACAAUUAGAGGAUUCAAAGAAGAAACAAGACAAUGUGUUCAAAAGUCUGCAAGAGGAAUUGAGUCGAAUCAAAGAAGAUCUAACAAAUAAAGAGAAUGAGUAUGAAACAUUUUUAAAUGAAGUAUCUCAACAAAACGAGAAAAACAAAGCAGAAAUUUUGAAAUUGCAACAAAAUCUACAAUCUAAGACAAAAGAUUAUGAAAGACUUCUCUCCGAGACUAGUGAAUCUUCCAAUUCUAAUGAAAAAGUGAUCAGCGAGUAUAAGGAAACGCUACACGAAAGAGAUAAGGAGAUAAUAAAGCUUAAAGAUGAGUUUGAACAAGCUACAGCUAACUUCAAUAUUAAGCACAGCAAAAUUGCAGAAGAGCAUAAAAAGGAAAUCGAUGAUCGCAAUUCUAAAAUAGAGCAGCUAAUUAAAGAAAUAGAAAGUCAUAAACUAGCCUUAGAUCAAAGUAAAAUAGAAUUGGAUACACUAAACUCACAGUUUACGCUUAACGUAGAUGAAUUGAAGGCAUUAAAAUUAGAAAAUGAACGUCUAAAACAAUCUAUUGAAGAAUUAACCCAAGCUAAUACUAAUCUAAAAGAAAAGAUGGCAGCUAUGGAAUUAGAAAUAGGAGAACUAAAACGGCAACUGAAUAGUAGUUUAGAAAAAUGUGAAGAACUGCAGGUGACAAAAGAGAAGAUAGAAAACGAGUAUAUGAACCUUACAGGCCAGACGACAGAUUCAAAUGAACAAUUCAACAAGUUAUCUCAACAUUUGAAAGAUACUGAAAAAGAUCUUCAGGAACUAAGAGAUAAACAUAGAGAAGUCACUAACAAUUAUGGACGAGUAGAACAAGAAUUAAAGCAGAAGCUGUUCAAGCUGCAAGAAGAUUUUUCAGUAGAGCGAGGUCAAUUAUUAGAUACGAUAAAUGAAAACAUGGAAAAACAAAAAGUAGAAGAAAUCAAAAUUAAGGAAUAUGAAAUGCAUGCUCUAGAACUUAGCAAUCACACAAAAGAACUAGAAAAUCAGAACGAUUCAUUAAUAGAUGAAAAUUCAAUUCUUAAGAGAGAAAUAGAAGGUUUAAGAGCGAAAGAACAAGAAUUAAGUAUUGAAUAUGACUCAAUACGUAAGAAGUUAGAAAUGGAAAUCGAUAGGUACAAGGAAGAUGUGUCGAUGCUUAAAGCUGAGGGGGCAACAUCUGAAGUAAAACUGAUGGAAAAGGUUGACCAGCUCACUGAAGCACAAAAUGACUUAAAUAAUAAACUCGAAGAAGCAAGAAAACACGAAGAUUCUUUACAAAAAGUUUUGGAUGACAUGACAGCGCAAAUGAAUAACAAAACCGCUCAGCACGAGAAGCAAAUUGUUCAUAUUCAAGAUCAGUUGGCUACAGUGAACGAAGAGUUGAAUAAAUGUAAAUCUGAAGAACAAAGACUGAAGGACCUGCUAGAAGAAAAACAAAAUUAUAUAAAGGAAAUAACGCUUAAAUCAGAAAUGUUUGAAGUGGACGUGAAAUCCCAUUUAGAAUUAAUUUCUGAAAAGGAUCGCCAAUUGGCUUCAGUAAAUGAAGAGUUAGGUAAAGUAACCGACAGUAAACAAAAAUUGGAAGAACAAUUCAAUAAUUUAACGGCAGAAGCUCUAGCAAUAAAACAAAAGUAUGAUAAUUUAGUCAGCAAUUCAACUGCAGAAGAAUCCAUGUUAAAAGAGCAAUUAGACCAAAUGGAAGCGCUAAAGAAGGAUUUGCUAAUAAUUUCUAACGAAAAAACACUUCUGGAAUCAAAACAUAACGAUGUUUCAAAUGAACUUAAAGAUUUAAGAGUUAAAUUAGAAGAAGCUGAAAAAGUUAUUAAAGUAAAUACCACCGUUACAGACAACUUAUCGAAAGAAAUAGGGGAAAAAGAUGGUUUAUUAAAAACACAUCUCGACCAGAUCACAGCAGAUGCUCAGAAAAUUAAAAAGUUAGAAGAAGAAAUAACUGAGAUUAGAAUAAACAUAACAAGCAAAGAUAAAGCUUUAGAAGAACGUGAAAUUGAGUUAACCAAAUUGAAGAAUUCUUUAAAAUCGGAAUCCAAUGAAACACAGAACAAUUUUAAUGCGCUACAGUCGGAAAACGAACAAUUAAAAGAAAAAUACAAAAAGGAAGUAGAAUCUCUGACCAAUGAAACAAAAACUUUAAGAGUUCAAAUUGUUGACAAGGAAAAACAAUUGGAAAAUCUACAGAAAACAUAUGAAAAGGUAACAGAACUACAAGAGCUAUUAGCAAAAUCCGAAAGCGAUAUAAAACAAUUAACAAAUAUAAAUGAAGGCCAAAAAUUAAAUUACGACGAUUUAAAUAAACAACUACAAACACAAUUCGAUGAAUACAAAAGAGAAAGCAGGAGCAAACGAAAUGACUUAAAAAAUCAAUUAAACGAAUUCGAAAAACAAUUGAUUGAAUCAAAAGGAAAACUGAAAGAAGAACUCGAGAAACAAAAUCAACUUCAAUGCAAACUUACGGACGCCGAAAAAAGGAUAUUAGAAUUAUCAGAAAAAUUGGAAUUAUUAACUGUACAACAAACAAGCGAUGUGAAUAAGGACGAAAGACUAGAAAAAUUGACACUUGAGUUACAAACAAUAAGAAAAACUAGCGCCGAAUCAAUGGCUAAAAGUGAACUGACAAUAAAUAAUCUGCAAAUAGAAGUUGACAAAAAAAUCAAAGACUUAAAACAAAAAGAUGAAAUGAUAAAUAAAUUACAAGAAGAAUUAAAGAGUCAUAAAGUGAAAGCAGAAGUUGCAGAAAGGGAGAAGGCUAUGAUACAGAAAGAAAUGAGUACGAUGGGAAAGAAUAUUCGAGACAAAAAUGACAACGACGCUAUGGGUACUUUGGGACAAGGCGACAAUGCCACUAUGAAUGUACAAGAAGAAAAGGAAAUUAUCGAUGGACAAGUGAGCUUUUUGAAUUCGGUGAUAGUAGACAUGCAGCGGAAAAACGAGCAGCUAAUGGCGCGAGUGCAAGCGCUGGAGGGGGGAACUACGCCAAACGAACCUCCAUUAUUUAACGGUCGCAAGACGCGCGCGCCGCGUCUCUUCUGUGACAUAUGCGAUGUGUUCGAUGAACACGACACGGAGGAGUGCUCGCGACAAGCCGCCUCGCCGCCGCCGCCCGCGUGCGCGCCGCCGCCGCCGCGACCAUACUGCGAUAUAUGCGAAGUGUUUGGCCACGCUACUGAAAACUGUGAUGAAGAAGAAACUUUUUAACGCCUAUUUAUUGAAAUUUAGUUAUAUUGUUACCGUUAUUUGUUGUUUGUUACUCUUGGCACGAGUAUUAUUUAUUGUUUACCAUUUACAGGUACGACUUGUUUAGUAGUUGAUAUCUUAGAAAUGUUGUACAUAAGAUCUUUGAUCUUUUAUCUAAGUUUUAAUUUAGCAUGUUAUUUUAAAAUAAAUCAGGUGAUUGUCUUUUUAUUUUUGUUAUGUUCUCUUGCGCAUUAUCUGGAUAUAAUGCAUACUGAGGAAUAUUUUUUAAUGAGCACUUACGCAAACCCAAUCAUGGUUUUAUUCUGUAUUGUAAACAAAAUAUGAUUCAAAUUAACACCAAUAUAUAGUGAAAUUUUUUUAAAAGCAAUAAAAUUAUGAAAGAAA